AUGUUACAUAUGUGGCAAUUGUUUUGAUAAAAAAUUGUUUAUUUCAGUGGAGAGAAGCUGACGAAAAAAUCGUUUUUUCUCAUAUAUACCAUCUGUUUCCUGGAAAUGUGAAUACUGCUUUCUCUUUUGAGGACUGUGAGAAGUUUCGAUCAGUAAGCUCGAACUGUCCCAAGGGACACAGGAUCGAAAUUGAAGCUCUCAAGUUUCAAUUUGUCGAACAACAUGGUUCUUAUGACAAUGAUUGCAAGAGUUGCUGAUGGGUUGCCGCUUGCAGCAUCCAUCCAGGAGGAUGAGCAGACCGGUCGGAACAUUUUGGACUACCAGAACCAGGCCAAGAUGUUGUUCAGGAAGCUCACUCCGCAGAGCCCGACACGCUGCUCUAUAGAAACGGGACCGUACCUUUUCCACUACAUGAUAGAUGGCGCCGUCUGCUACCUGACCCUGUGCAGCAGAGACUACUCCAAGCGGCUGGCGUUCUCGUACCUCGAGAACAUCGCCCAGGAGUUCCAGGCCCAGUACAGUCGACAGGUCCACACCGUCUCACGGCCUUACAGCUUCAUCGAGUUUGGUGAGUACGCGAUGGGUGGGUCCUCCCCCCCCCCCCCCGAGUGUGGGCUUAUGAGUUUGGUCAGCGAUGUGAGUUGAUUGGGUUUUCGCAUUAGG